UGUGAGUCGCUGUCCAUACUGUACGUUACUUGUUUGAUAUUUUUUUGUUCAAUACGUUACGUGUUUAUAAGUACUUUUUUUUUCGCUCUGCUUAUUUAAAUAAGUAACUUUUGAGCACGAACAUGAAGCCAACAAAAACUAGAGGAAUGACAUCCAAAAAAAAGGCAUUGAAAAAUGUCAUGAAAAGCCGUUUGAAAAAGACAAAACCCAAACUGGAAUAUAGAUUCCCCAAACCUGGCGAUAGUGUUGUAAGCCCCUCAAAUUUGGUUGCAGAUUUUACUUUGACUGAUUCAUCAGAUUCAUCAAAUAAUGUUAUAAGAGUUAGUACUCCUACACCGGCUAGACUCAUUGAAAAUGUUUUGAGUCCCCCAACUUUGGUUACCGACGGUUUCAGUCCUGAAGCUUCGUCGUCUAUUCUUAUAAUAGAUAGUUUGAAUGAUAACGUUGAAAAUGAGAGUGAUACAUUUAUGUCAUCUACAGUAGUUAAUGAAGUUGAACCUGAAAAUGGCAACUCUUUUGAGAUACAAGGAAGAAGGUUCAUAGAUAUCGGCCAUCUUUUUAAAUCAAUUCAAAGUAUUCGACAUGAAGCUUUUGAUUGUACAAUUGCUAGUUUAGAUUUAGUAAAAGAAAUUCGCAAAGGAUAUUUUAGUAAAUUUAUUUUCAAAUGCAAAAUGUGUUGUAAGAUGGAAGUAAUUAGUUCAGAACCAGAAGAAAAAUCAUCAGCAUUAAAAAUAAAUACGGCAAUUGUUUCGAGUGUUAUCAAUACUGGUCAAGGCUAUGCACAACUCGAACAAUUUUCAGCCAUUUUAAAUAUGCCUUGUAUGUCAAAUAAUACUUAUCAAAAAGAACACGAACUAAUAAGUGGGUAUAUAGAAACAACUAUGUGGCAAUCUCUUGAAAUAGCGGGUAAAGAAGAGGCUAAUAUGGCAAUCGAAAGAGGUGAUAUAAAUAAGGAUGGAGUACCGUUAAUUACAGUGGUUGCUGAUGGAGCAUGGUCGAAACGUUCUUACAAAUCAAAUUAUAAUGCUUUAUCUGGCGUUGCAUGUAUUAUCGGUUACCAGACUGGAAAAGUGUUAUAUUUAGGAGUUCGCAAUAAAAUAUGUUCCGUUUGUAACAAAGCUGAGUUCUUGUCAAAAGAACCUAAUCCACAUAAAUGUUACAAAAAUUGGUCAGGAACUUCGACUUCAAUGGAAGCUGAUAUUAUUGUUGAUGGUUUUUCCCAUAGCAUGGAUAUGCAUGGGUUAAUUUAUGACAAAUUAAUUGGUGACGGUGACAGCAGUAUUAUGAAAAAAUUAUCAAUUGCCAAACCAUAUGGGAUUGAACACCGUAUAAAAAAAAUUGAAUGUUCUAAUCACAUACUUCGUAACUACUGUAAUCGACUACGAGAUAUAUCUAUUCGACGAAAAAAUAAUUCAGGCUCUAUAAUUCCUGGGUAUCAUCGAAUUAAAUUAAAAGACAAUAUAUUACGAUUAAGAUAUGCCAUAACAGAAGCGUCGAAAUACUGGAAGUCAAAUAAAUUACUUUCUCAGAGUGAAAAAGUUCAGUUUCUGAAAGCUGAUAUUUUGAAUAGUCCUCGACAUGUUUUUGGUGAUCAUGAAAAGUGCGCUAGCUAUUUUUGUAAAGGCUACAAACCAAAUGAGACAAAUUUAGUUCCUGAAUUUAGGCUGAGUGGUCUUUGGGAUGAAUUGUCGGGCGCAAUUAAUUUAGUUGCCCACCAUAGUGACAGUUUGCUGUACAGUGUAAAUAAUAAUUGCGCUGAAGCUUACAAUAGUGUAAUAGCAAAAUACGUUGGAGGCAAAAGAGUUAAUUAUUCUCUACGAGGAUCUUAUAAGACACGAUGUAAUACAGCACUGAUUUCUUAUAACUAUGGUCCUGAUUACUUACACAGGCUACACAAAAAUGCUACCAAAUUCAGUCCUGGUAGAUUUACUAAAAAAUAUAUAGAAAUUAAAAAAAAAAAAAGAAUCUGUGAAACAAGAAGACAACUUGAGUUUAGAAAUAAAUUCAACAAUAAUAAAAAAAAGAAGACGGUGACUGCAGGUCCUGAUAAGGAUUAUGGAGAUGUUGAUGAUAUUGGUUGCAGCGUUCUAAAUUUGACAGAUGAAGAGGUUGAAGGGAAAAAAAAAAAUUUGUUAAGCAGCCUUCAGUUAGAUUUGACAGAAAUAAAAUCUCUAGAAAGACGAACCAUUGGUCAAUCCUUAAAUGAGAUUUGGAAACAAGAGCGAAAAUUUAGGUUGACUGCUUCAAAUUUUGGCCGGAUAUGUGCUCUAAGACCUAAGACAUCCAGGACCAACACAUUAAAAUAUAUAUUGUACAGUGACGAUUUAGUGGGUACAACGGCCGCGAUGAAGUAUGGUAUCCAAUAUGAGAGUGUAGCAAAAGACGCUUUUGAAGCUAUUACAAAAAUAAAAAUUACGCCUUGUGGAAUGUUUGUCGAUCAAUGUUUUAAUUUUUUAGCUGGAAGUCCAGAUGGUAUCAUCGGAGAUGAUGGUAUCAUUGAAAUAAAAUGCCCUCCUAGCAUAAAAAAUACUACCCCUCAAGAAGCUGCUAAAAUGAAAACCAUAAAAUAUUUAAUUAUCAAUAAAAAAGGAGAAGUAGAAUUAAAACGUACUUUUCAGUACUAUUACCAAGUACAAGGGCAGUUACACAUUACUCAAAGACAGUAUUGUUAUUUUAUAGUGUGGACUCCCAACGGAUUAUUUUUCGAAAAAAUUAUUCGUGAUGACAAUUUUUGGAAAGAAAAGAUGGAGAAUCAACUUUUUUCAUUUUAUAUGGAUUAUAUGCUUCCCGAAAUUGUCAAUCCAAAAAUUGAUUUAAUAUCAAAUUGUUACCGCAGAAUAUGCAACUAGUUAUUAUUAAAAAUAAAUGUGCCAUUAUAAA